CUUGACGUAUACGGAAGUGCGUGACUGAACUGGCGAUUACGGAAAUAUCUGCUCAACCAGAAUAAAAUAAAUAAAGGAUUAAUAUCUGCGUCGCCACCUGUGUAAUCCUGUAACACUGUCCACAAUGUCCAGGCAAUCCAACCGAACGACAGACAGCAAGAAGAUGAACUCAGAGCUGUUCACGCUGACUUAUGGAGCCCUCGUCACCCAGCUGUGUAAAGACUACGAGAAUGACGAGGAAGUCAAUAAACAACUGGACAAGAUGGGCUAUAACAUCGGAGUGCGUCUGAUUGAGGACUUCCUGGCACGCUCCAGCAUCGGCAGGUGUCAGGAUUUCCGAGAAACGGCGGAUGUCAUCGCUAAGGUUGCCUUUAAGAUGUACCUGGGGGUCACUCCGAGUGUGACUAACUGGAGCCCAGCAGGGGACGAGUUCUCCCUCAUCCUUGAGAACAACCCACUUGUGGACUUUGUGGAGCUGCCGGAUAACCACAGCACGCUGGUUUACUCAAACCUGCUGUGUGGAGUCCUCAGAGGAGCCCUGGAGAUGGUCCAGAUGGCUGUGGAUGUGAAAUUUUCUCAGGACACUCUGAGAGGGGACAAUGUGACGGAAAUCCGCAUGAAGUUUAUCAAGAGGAUCGAAGAAAAUCUCCCUGCAGGAGAUGAGUGAUGGAAACAACCAAACAAACAAAAAAAACACUGAAAAGAUGAGUCGGCAAAACUCAAAACAUCCUGAUGAGCGGUAAAUUAGGCAGACAGCUGUUUACUUUUCCCUGCAACCUCACUUGUCUGAAAUGAUUGAAAAAACACUCCUCAAUUUUCUAACAUCGUUACUGCCCAUGAUUUGCUGAAGAAGACCAGGAGUUACAUGAUACUAUGGAGAUGUUCUGAGAAUAAAAAAAA